AACGUAGCAGUAGCCAAGGAAUAUGGCUAAAUUAUAUUUAACGCUAUUGCUGUGUGCUUUUAGCCUGGUUAACGCCAGCAAAGAAGCACUGGAGACACAUGGAGAUUUUAACAUCGAGAGUUACCAACGAAUGGUGCAGUUGCGCCACCUGGCGGUCGAGUUCUUCGAUUAUUAUGAGAACAUCACAGCUACGGAUUUAAUAGUGCCUGGCAGAGCUCCCACUCAACAGGAUAUGCUUUGUCUGGCAGAAGUUGCUCAAUUGAAUCAGGGAUUAAAGUCGGGCAGCAUUUGGGCAUUGAGAAUGAUUGACUCCUGGGGUCGACUGCCCGCGGGUCUGCUCUAUGGCAAUCUGAAGGAUCUGGGCAACUUUGACGAGUGCAUCAGAGUGAACCGAGAGGUUGCAUCAACCGGACACACGCUCAGGGGCAAAUACUGUCCGGCAAAGCUGAUAUCGGGCAAAAUGUUGGGACCUGAUAUGCCGCUUGUCGGAUUUCUGAGCAUCCAGACUGCUGUCUGUUUUCCUGCUUCCUGCACUGGUCAACAUAUAGAAACAUUGCUGCGUCAGCUGUUCCAGCAGCUUCUGAGCAUUGAGAUCAAUUCGGAAUUGCAGGUCAUCAAAGAGGACAAUUGUCAGACGGCGGAGACUGAACCAUGGGAUGGGGGGACCAUAUUCACAAUUGUCUUCCUUGGCAUAUUGGCUGGAUUAGUGUUAUUGAGCACACUCUAUGAUUACUUCUUCUGUGUGGAUCAAAAACGAUUGCCUGCCAUCGUGCAGAUCUUUUCGGCAAGAGUCAAUUCACGAGGUCUCUUUCGCGUGGUGGACAGCAAAUCGAAUCCGAAUGUUAUCGAUUGUCUUCACGGGAUUCGCUGCAUGUCGCUUAUCUGGGUUAUUUACGGUCAUGAUUAUAUAGUAUCUGCCAUAUCGCCCAAUAUUAAUUUGGUCGACGUCAUACCGUGGUUUAAAACACCCUUUAGCAUGUUCAUUGUGCACGGUCUUUUCUCGGUGGAUACUUUCUUCUUUCUGAGUGGUCUGCUCGUUGUUAUGGUUGCUCUGCGUACCAUGGAAAAAACCAAGGGAAAACUCAAUGUGCCAUUGAUGUAUCUGCAUCGUUUCCUUCGCCUGACUCCUGUUCUGGCCUUGGGCAUCCUUAUCUACAUAAAGAUACUACCAAUCUUGGGUAGUGGACCAGUAUAUAAUACCUUUAUCAAUGCAAACACCGGACCUUGCGAGAAAAGUUGGUACUGGACAUUGUUAUAUGUGCAGAACUAUGUUGUGCCAAUGGAUAUGUGCCUGCCACAUAGUUGGUAUCUGGGCGUAGAUAUGCAGCUCUAUGUCAUCUCCCCCCUUUUACUGUUUGCACUCUACAAAUGGGGCAAGAAGGCUGUGGCAGGAAUUGUGGUGAUAAUGCUUCUUCUUGUUGCCUGUCUCUUUAGCAUGAUGAUGGUCAGGGGAUAUUCCAUGGAAUUUAUGAUCGAUUCCGAUAAACUCUACUUUACAACUCAUACGCGCGCUUCUCCCUGGAUAAUUGGUCUGCUCUUUGGAUAUUAUCUGCAUGUGAAUCGUGGCAAAUCUUUCAAGCUGAAUCGUCUCACUGUCUGGCUGGGCUGGAUCAUCAGCCUGGGUUUGAUCUUCACUUGUCUCUUUGCACUGUAUCCUUAUCAACAGAAUGGAUAUGCUCUGCCCACUCUCAAUGAGGCUUUCUAUGUGACUCUCACACGCAUUGCUUGGCCACUUGCUCUGGUGUGGAUUGUGUUUGCCUGUAAAUACGGCUAUGGCGGUAUGGCCAACAGUUUCCUCUCCUCUCCCAUGUGGCAGCCGCUGUCGAAGCUCUCCUAUUGUGCAUAUAUUGUCCACUUGUUUGUGGAACAAUUCAACGCCAUCAUUACACACACCAGCACAUACUUUAGCGACUAUCAAGUGAUGCUGCGCUUUUGGUCAGACUUUGGUUUCACCGUUCUGGCUGCAUAUUUCCUGUAUAUUUUGUUGGAGGCUCCCACUGGUGGCAUACAGAUGCUGUUGCUGCCAAGCGGUAGACCUAAACCACCGCAACCAGCUGCUCCUAUUCAAAUUGAGCCGAAAGAGAGAGCGAACGAGGAGAGCAAUGAGCAUGUGCCUCCUCUAGCGGAAAAGACGCCGGUGGAUAGUUAGAUUAAAGCGGUUUACAGCUGUAAAUAACUCAAUUGACUUAAGUUUUUAAUAUUUAUUUAUUUAGUAUUUAUUUAGAACUUUAUUAAAAGUAAUUUGU